AUGUCUGAGGCGCAGGAAUCUCAGUGCAGUCAACGUCGUAAAUCAGUCGAUGCCCUUCAACUGGGUCCCAGGAAAAGACCGAGCGCAACUGACCCGUUGGUACACUAUGGCCGUCAUUUUGGGCGAACAAUCCACGCUCUCUGCAACUUUCAAGCCCUUCUUACGAAUGGAAUUUUACGGAUGGGAGAAUUGGCCGAGAUUCCAGAGGAAAACUUUACCGCAGAGGAACGGCGCGAGCAUCGUAUCUUUCAAGAGCUCCUCAAAUCUGUGGCAGGGCUGGAAGAACGCCUGAUGCAAGGCGGAGAUGAUGAAGUUGACGCUGUCGCUGAGUUGGCAAGUAUCUCGGUUUUCUACGUCUUCAACUUAGCCUCUCAUUUUACAUAUCAUAAGUUCACCAAAGGUGCAUCUGGCGCAAGGGGUGACGAUACUAAGAGCCUCAAAGGCAGCGUCCUCGACUGGAUUACUCCUAAGGGGCAGAGUCUUGUUCCUCCUCUUGCUCGCAACGUGAAAAUCGAUCGUGGUUUCCAUCACGAACGGACAGGUGCCUUGCUUUGUCCAGCUGGCCUCGACUGGUCUAAUGCAGAGACAAAAACUAAGCUACGAAAUGGCGAGAUUAUCGUGACCGGAGAUCAGUGGCCAUUGUUUCUGUACGCUGACUAUCAUUACGACCCCGAGGAUCCAUGGAAUGGUCUGUUACGAAGUGCCUUAUUAGUUUCUGCAUAUAAACACGUUUUCACGUCCCCCAGCUCCGUGGAUAAAGAACCAAAGGCCACUCGUUCAGGUAAUGCUCGGAUUCAUGGGAUGACCAGAGUUACUCUACCCUCCAUUGCAUACAUUGCAACACAGGUCCGUUUUUCGCUAACCUCAUCUCCCGUGUUCUCGCGUACGGACACGGUCACUGACUCGGAAAGGUUCUACAACUCCAUUUUGGAGGUGUUCGAAGACCCGGAUGAGAAACAAGAGGUAGAUGACCUAGUUGUCUGGUGGAAUAGGCAAAUUUUCCCUUCGUACUCGAGCGCCCAGCGUCCUCUCGUGAAGAACAGUGCGUUGGCGAGGAUUCGGGAGAAGCGAGCACGAAUGAAAGAGCCGGGUUCAGUCCCUGAUGGUAGUAGCGGCACAAUUCACCAAAUAGUUCCCAUAUCUAAUCUCAUCCUGACCGGUGAUCCCUAUUACAAUAACUUUCACAACUUCAAACACCUAUCCAUGGAAAAUCUACAGGGCUUGUCACCACAAAACCCAAAUGUAUCAGCAGAAGAGGAGUCAAAGCGGAAGGUAGCUGAAGAUGAAAUGCGCCGGGAUAUGAUGGCGACCAUCCUCGACAGUGCUGCCCGAGAGCGAUUGUCUCGCAUCGCCCUUGUGAGCCCGGACAGAUCGCGGCAAGUCGAGACCAUCAUUAUGCGGAUGGCUCAGUCAGGACAGCUGCGGGGACGUGUGAGCGAGCAGCAGUUGAUUGACCUUCUUGAUCAGAUGGAGGACGCACGGUCCAAGUCAACUACGAAGACCACGAUAGUAUACCAGCGCAGGCGAGACUUUGAUGAUGAAGAUGAUUUUUAG